AACUCCCCUCCCACAUUUUAUUUAAAUUUAGGGACCCAAUUUCACGCUCAUGGUUCCCUUUUGUGUCUCAAACACCACCUGGCCAAUCAAAUGCAGAAAAAAAAUUACUAUUCAUAAUAAUGUUCAUCAUGUAAUACGACUAACAUUACCAAAAAAAAAAAAAAGUCGAGCGUACAAGCGUUCCCUUUGUGUCCUCUCUUGGUGACGGCAUCGCCGCGCGACAUCGGCGGUCCAUCCCGUGUUGUUCUUCAGCAAUCUGACCGUGUCCAGAGUUAUCGCCGCACGUUUUUUGACUUUAAUUUGUUUUUCGUUGUUUUAUUUCGUUUUGAUUGACGUGGGUUCAUUAUUUUGAAAACAUGGAGCCUGCGGAGGGCCACGCCGCCGACGAUAAAACGACGACGGCGGGCUCGGCGCUGUCGGCGGCGCAGAGGCGAGCGGAGAUCCGCAGGAGGAAGCUGCUCAUGAAUUCCGAGGACAGGAUGAAGAGAAUUGUAGGCUACGCCAAGAACGAGGCUGACAUUAACGUAGGGUCACCCCGGCGUCCGUCAGAACCCCGCUUCCACCUGGACUUGGACCGGACAGAUGCAUGGUCAUCCCAACCCUCCCCGAGACCCUCUCCCUUCCUGCCGGAGUCAGUCAACCUGUCCCGCGGAGCCACCCCAGAGACGAGGGACUCGCCACUGCCAGACGACGCAGCGAUGACGGCGGACGGCCAUCUCCGAGGGAUCCGGCAGAAGCCCAAGGCGGAGAAGGUGGCGGGGGAUGACCCCGGCGGCCUCCAGCAGUACCUCUCCCGCUUUGACGAUGCCAUGAAGCUGAGGGGCCAGUUGGUCAAUGAGAAGCCGGCGCAUGACGGUGAGGCGGAAGGCGAGGAGUUUGACCCCUUCGCCAUCUUCAGGCUGGUCUGCAGCGUCCUCCUCGCCGUUUUUGUCCGAGUGUUUGUCUGCAAGUAUCUGUCGAUAUUUGCUCCAUUUCUGACGCUGGAACUGGCCUUUAUGGGCUUGUCCAAAUACUUUCCAAAGAUGGAGAAGAAGGCGCAGACCACAGUGCUGACCGCCGCCCUGCUGCUGUCAGGCAUCCCCGGUGAGGUCAUUAACCGCUUCAUGGACACGUACCGGCGCAUGGGCGACGUCUUCGCUGACCUCUGCGCCUACUUCUUCACAUUCAUCCUCUCCCAUCAAGUCCUGCUGCUGAUCGGCUCUGAAGCCGGCGAGCCGGGCGCGGGCGCUUCUGCCGCGGCAGCAGCGGCGCAGUGACCAAGCCGAACCGUCCCCCUCCGCCGCUUUCGGCGCCGACCGUUGAGGCGGCAAGGCAUGUUUGUGUGUCUCUUUUCUUCAUGGUACAAGUGAGAACUUUCCAACGCAAGAAACCAGACAUUAGUUUUAGUGGGAACGCAUUUGUACCUUGACUUGCGAGCGCGUCAACUUUUCAAAGUUUUGCACUUACAAGCCGCCGCUUGGUCAAAUUUGCGAGCCUAAUUUUGCGUCAGACGAGCGAGCUUCAGAAUACGCCGCCGCUUCAGUGAAGUGGAAAGAAAUGGAGUAGUUAUGGUACUGUAAUACCCUUGCAUGUGGGCAAGGAGAGUCGCCGAUGCACUUUAUUGAACUGGACAAACAGUCAAACACGUGCAAACUCGAUAGCCGAAUAGCGAAGUCGCCUGUGUCAUUUUUGCUUUUCAGCAUGUACUUUGGUAUUUUUGGGCGAUGUAACAGUAAGUUGAAAAUGACACAAGCGAGUAUCCUUUUCGGCUCACAAAAACACCAAGAGUCAUUGUUGGCAACAGCUCACACUUGGAAGCUCACAUCUUGCCCCUUCAUGUCAUUAAAGGCAGAGCUGACACUAAUUCCACACUUCAUUUAUUCAUGAUUUUUUUGUUUUGUCUUUUUAAAUGCAAUAAACUGUUUUCUCUUUAUGAGAAAUCCAUAAUUAAAAAAUGGUGGUGUUUUGGGGAAUGGAGUAGUUAGCACUUCAGCACCCGCUGAUUCAUCUUUAGUGUGGUCAGUGCCUGUAUUUUUUAUUUUUAUUUAUUUUGUUCUUUUUUUUGUGGAAAACUAGAAAAAUUUCCCCAUUUUUUUUUAAAGACUUUUGGGGGCGGGUUGUAAACAAACAAAAAAAUUCUUCCCUCUUUCAUAGCAUUGAUACUAGGUGUCAACGAUUCGCAUAAUUUCACAAUUUGCAGGCGGCUAGGUCCCAAAAUUUUGUGAAUAGCAGGGGUCCGCUGUAAUGGCAUUUCUAUUGAUUUCAAUGGUAAAAAUUGAUAUGAAUAAAUUGAGUUAUGAGCGGGCUGUGGAGAGGAAUUCAACUCGUAAGUCAAGGUGCCAGUGUACUUUUUCGCUUUUGUGUCACGCCUCCGCCUUACGUGUUUUCUAUCUACUCGCCAAUGCCUGUCUUUUUAAUAUCCUGCUCAUUAACUUAUUACUGUGACGAUUUUUGACAUGUUAAAACGCGUGCGUGUUAUAUUCGGAAACCACUCGGACUAAUUGAUCUGUAUA